AUGUCUGACUUGCCCACAAUCCGCAUUGGCUAUGUGCCCGAGCACUACCUAACCCCACUCCAUCUCGCCCUCCGUUCCCCGGCUGUUGCCUCCCUCCCAUUCAAAAUCGUCGCAACUCCCUUCCCCUCCGGAACGGGGCAUAUGAUCACAUCCCUCCGCGGCGAUGAAAUUGACAUCGCCAUCGGUUUGACAGAGGGGUGGGUCGCAGGCUUAGCCGGAAAGCAGCAAGCAAGCCAGACCUCCGCAGAUUCAGAUGGAGGAUACAAGGUCAUCGGGCACUGGGUAGACAACCCUCUGCGCUGGGCCAUCGUCACCGGCCGCAAUCGGGACGAGAUUAAUGGAGUGUCGGAUCUGAAGGACAAGAGGGUUGGAGUCAGCCGACUGGGAAGGCUGGAAAGCAAACUCCUUGACCACGGUUCCUCUGGGACCGUUCGGACCCUUGCGCGGGAUGGCGUAUCCGGUCUCGACGCCUCAAAGCCCGACCAGGCUGCAAACCCCUCUGCUGAGUUCUUCAUGUGGGAAGAAUUUACCACGAAGCCUUACUUCCACCCCACAUCUGAGAAGCCGAACCCGCCACUUAAGAAGAUUGGCGAGAUCUUCACGCCGUGGCCUUCAUGGAUGAUUGUCGCUUCUACGGCACUAUUCCCUAACCCUGAGCAAGACCAGCGCUUGGAGAGCCUCUUCCAGGCUCUGGAUCAAGGAAUCAAGGAAUUCGAGGCUGAUACAGCAAAUGUCGUGAAGCUUCUAGGUACUGGCGAGCUUGGUUGCAAUUAUAUUGAGGAGGAUGCGACGGAGUGGCUUAAGGAUGUCAAGUUCACCAAUGCUACCCGUGGCGUUGACGAUAAGAUUAUUGGUGGUGUUGUCGAUGUGCUCAAGGUGGCUGGUGUUAUUGACUCGGCUAUGACCAAUGACGAAGCUAUCCAGCGUGUCAUUGGGAUUAAGAGGUAG